GUUUGCAAUGCCAGUAUUUUUACAGAGUACGCAGAAGACAGUAACUUGUGAAAAUAUCGUUAACCGGCAGCUGGAAGGAGGGUCCCGGUUUAAGCAUGUGCCAGGUUAGCCGCUUUGCUUCCUGGGUUUGUUUACGUUCAUAUCGAUGCAGGUGUUUACAGUCAUAAUUAGGCUAUGAAUCCAUUUCAUCAUGCCUCAGAAGUUACUGAAGACUUCUCAAUACAUUGAGCUGGGCUAUCACUACUGGCCAGUCCUGCUCCCUAGGGGUAUCAGACUAUACAACUUUGAGCAAAUUCCUGUAUUCCUCAAAGACAAUCCGUACAUUACAGAUGGAUACAGAGCUUACCUUCCAUCCAGGCUGUGUUUGAAAAGCCUCUUCAUUCUGUCCAAUGAGACCGUUAAUAUCUGGAGCCAUUUGUUAGGUUUUCUACUUUUCUUCAGCUUGACCGUUUACGACAUGACAUCAGUAUUACCAUCAGCAAAAGCAAGUCGCGAAGAUUAUGUUAUAUGUUACAUCUACUUGUUCUGCUUUCAAGUGUGUAUGCUGUGCUCAGUUGGAUACCACCUCUUCUGCUGUCAUCGCUCAGAGAAAACCAGCCGACGAUGGAUGGCAUUAGAUUAUGCUGGCAUUUCUAUUGGUAUCUUGGGUUGCUAUGUCUCCGGAGUGUUUUAUGCUUUUUACUGUAACAAUUACUGGCGACAGGUAUAUUUAAUCACUGUGCUGGCCAUGAUCCUUGCAGUGUUCUUCGCACAAAUUCAUCCUAGCUACCUUACCCAAUCGUGGCAAAGAUUGCGUUCUAUCAUCUUCUGCUCUGUCUCUGGCUAUGGAAUCAUUCCAACAGUUCAUUGGAUUUGGUUAAAUGAAGGCGUCGGAUCUCCUAUUGUCCAGGAGUUUGCACCACGUGUAAUUAUUAUGUACUUGAUUGCAGCUGCCGCUUUUAUCUUCUACAUUUCUAAGGUUCCCGAAAGAUAUUUUCCUGGGCAACUAAACUACCUGGGUUCAAGUCACCAACUGUGGCACAUUCUUGCAGUGGCCAUGCUGUACUGGUGGCAUCAGUCUACAGUGGUUAUCAUGCAGUACAGACAUAGCCAGCCUUGUCCAGUGUAUGCGGGUCAUCUUUAAACAGAGUUUCACUUUCUUUCUUGAGGAAAGUGAUACCUUAUAUAGCCAUGGACAUAGAGGUUUGGUUUGGUAGUUAUCUCUGACUAUUGGACUUCUUUAAAGAAAAAAAAUUAGGAAACAGAACGUAACUACUUCUCAGAUGACUGAAAACCCGAAAGAAGAUGGAUAGCUUGCAGUUCCAAGGCAUUUUUAAGUUUAAACAGUGCCUCCAACAAGGGUUUCUUGGGGCCUUUAUUUUCAUGAUUAUAUGUCAACUUUGCCCAGGACUGUUUACAUACUGAUUUAUGUUCAUCACCAUAAAAAUGUUGGAUAGACAUGUAUAUGGGGUUAGUAUUUGAAAGCAGGCUUAUAUAAAUAAUUUGCAAAUCUUUCUGACUCUUUCCAUAAUAAAAUGCAACAGACGAU